AUGCCACUUCAUUUCACAGCUGCACAGUCUUCACGAAUCAGGAAAUCAUCAGGUACCCAGUUGUCUGGACGCCAGUCGCCAUUUUCUCGCCACUCGCGCGCGAAACCUUUUCGCAGCCCGCUUGGCAGGACGGCCUUGGACAGCGACAAUGACAUCCAUAGUGGCUAUUACAAGGAUAGCAUCCUUCCUGAUAUUGGCCCGUCCCAGUAUAUUUCCGAAACAACGGAACUAAACAGCGUAAUCCAGGCGAUUCAGUAUAUUCGCAAUACUAUGUUUAGCGACCUUCCUCAAAGAGCAGGGAUGAACAGCACUCGGAUCGCGGAGGUGUUAAAUUUUCGGCGUGCGCUCCCGCCUAUUGUUUCUGUUGCGCAUGUCCAUAUGUUGCUGAAUGCGCCGACGAAGGUCGAGAGAGAGAUUGUUGAACUCGUUGAUUCCGCUCGGGUUCGAAAGCUUUUUAUCCCCGGGCGCGGAUUCGAUUCUGCUGGCCUGGGAGACUUAGAAAAAUUUCUUGAACUUCUACGCAAAAAUACCAAGACAUCUGCCGUUGCAGCUGGUAUUUUCACUCCAGAGGAGACUUCAUCUUUGGUUCGAGCCGGCUUCCUCGUAUCCCCGUCUUCUUUAGCUAAGCAUCCAUCUUUUGACACUUCUCCUACUUCCAUCCCGGCCUCUAGACGAAGCCAUGCUCUAAAUAUAGUGUUACCAGGACAAGAGAUAGCAGUAUCCGACCAGAGGAAAUCGGGAAUCUCCUCUAUGUUUCUUUCAAUACCGAACCUGGGUCCUUAUCUCCGUCUGGUAGGCGCAGCGAGAACGCAAAUCAUGACUCUGCUAAAAAAGUCGCGCUCAGGCGAAGCCCCUUUGACCCUCAUUAGGGACCGAUGGGAUGGUGCUGUUGAGUCUGAGGUAUAUUACAAUGUUUCUAAACGAGCACGAGGCGAAUCCGCUGGUGUCUUGCCUGGAAAAACCAAAAAAUGGAAAGAGCUCUAUGGGAUGAACUUCCGAUGGGCUUUGGAAGAGGCCUUGGGCUCUGGCCUUAUUGAGCUCUUUGAUACCGGCAGUGUCGGGCCUGGCGUUCGGCGUGUUUAA